CGAUCAGUUCGGUUUGGCGCGCCGCCUUGAAUGGACGAGUUUUUCUUCGCUUUUCGCGGCACUGCUCGAGGAAACCAGGAUAAAACGGUUUUUCCAGACUCCUUAACACGGCAGCUGAGAUUGCGGAGGUGUAAAAGGAUCUAUGGGUCGGAAAGUAUUUCCGUUGUGAAAAGGACAUUUUGCUUCGUACGAGAGUUGAUGUGCUCUAAACCACGUGCAGCAUGAAAACUGGAUUCAAUUUCAUACCGGAGAACCGGCCGCUCGCUUACUUGCCGGCAUCAAGGGUUUUCUGGGUCACUCCUUCAGCUCCAAAUACAUCACACUACAACUACCCUUUGGAGCUGUGGAGCACCAUUCCAGAAUCGGAACUGAUCGUGAAGCUGUGCGUGUUCAUACCCAUCGUCGUGUUCGGUCUGCUCGGCAAUGGCAUCCUGCUGGAGGUCAUAUUUUCCAACCGGACUUUGCGCACUCCCAGCCACCUGUUGAUAGCGAACCUGGUGGUGACCGAUUUCCUUACGCUGCUCGUGUGUCCCAUCUUCUUCAUGACGCAUGACUUCUUCCAGAACUACCUGUUAGGUCCGGUAGGCUGUAAGCUCGAAGGAUUGAUCGAAGGAGGACUGCUGGUGACUUCCGUGCUGAGUAUGUGCGUCAUCAGUUACGAUCGUUUGUCGGCGGUUGUGCUUUCUUCCAGCACGCGGCUCAAAGGACGUGGCACCGUGGCAGCGAUCGUUUUCUGCUGGAUCGUAGGAUUCAGCAUCGCCUUGCCGUUGUCGCUGUACCGCCACUUCAAGAUCCGACACUGGCUGGACCUGGUGGAGAUGUACUGCUUCGAGGAUAGGUCCGUGCUCGCAACGUACUGGGAGUUCCUACUGAUCAUGCUCGUGUGGAUCCCGCUGGGUGUGAUGCUGGUGGCCUACACGCUCAUCAUCGUGAAGUUGGAUCGCUACGAACGGAACGCACUCCGACGGCAACACCCGAUGGUGGUGCGGUACAAGAGCAGAGUGGCCAAGACGUUGUACCUUGUCCUGCUGGCGUUCAUCGUCGUCCGCGUGCCCUUCACCAUUAUGGUGUUUGUGUACUACAACAUCGAACCGUUUGAGAACUUUCAGUUUAACGAUCGCUUCAUCUUCGCUUGGUGGCUAGCAAAGGUGGCAUUCAUUUUUCUAAACGCCGCAAUAAACCCUCUCAUUUACGGGCUCACCAAUAAGACGUUCAAAAAGGCGCUGCGUGGUUCAAAAAUUUUACAAUGUUUGUGUCGGCUGUCCCCCGAAGAGCCACAGGAUACGCCGGACCAUCAUACUGACGUGGAUUCUUCGGCACGGCUAUGUGGCUGCUUCACGCGAUCAAAUCCCGGCGAUAUGGAACAAUCAUCGCAAGAGGAUAAAAUGCUCGAUAGAUCCCGAUUUUCCCGCGUCAGGAGAUUCCGUGCAACGUGGUUGAGUUCUACGUUCAGAAGCAAGCGUCCACCCCACGAUACAAUCGUUGAUGAUAAAUCUUAAACAGAGGGG